AACCUCUGCUCUUAAGAUAUCGAUUUUCCUUCUUAAAAUGUUUCUUAUAGCUCGUGGUCGAUCAUACUUGAACGAGUUAUUUCAUCUCGAGGAUAAAUCACGCUUGGCUUCCGAAGACGACUACAAAUUUCUUUCCGAUUACAUUAAAGAAGUGUUUGAGACAAUGGCAUUGGUAAACUACCCAUAUCCGGCAGAAUUCUUUUCUCUGUUGCCUGCUUGGCCAGUAAAGGUCGUUAAUCUUUACUAUAACUAUACCGGAACGACAAAGUCAUUAUGUGCCAACCCGUCGUUUUGUCCGAGUGCUGAGGCAUCCAUCGGUGAUCCCAGGGUAUGGACAUGGCGGUACUGCACCGAAAUGCUUAUGCCGCAAUGCUCAAGUGGAUGGCCAAAUGAUUUCUACUGGAAGACGUGUCCAUUCAACGUUGAACGGGAAGUUGAGGAAUGUAAAACUUGGUUCGACAAAAUUGGUUUCGAUCGCUCAAUGUUCCGCCCUCGCUGGAUAACUCAGAAUUUUGGUUCCGAAUUUCCAUCAGCCAGCAACAUCGUUUUCUCGAACGGCUACCUCGAUCCAUGGUCUUGUGGUGGUUGGUCGCUUACGCCGAAAAUUGAGGGAUCACUGGUGUCGAUAAUAUUGCAGAACGGGGCUCACCAUUACGACCUUCGGGGCGCACACUCGAACGACACGGAUGAGAUGAUAAUCAUGUCACUGCUAUGA